AGAAAAGAAAAGAAUUGGAGGAAAUCAUGGACGGAACGUAUUCGGCAAAGGAGCCUAGACAACUUUUCAACGACAAACAAUGAAUUCCCCGUCAUUUCAGUGACGCAAAGUGACUUAUUACUUCAAAAUGAAAGACAAUUAUAAACAUACCCCAGGCCUGGUUCUUUAGGCGUUUAUUUCUGCAGACUGGACACGUCGGAAAGAGAGAAAGACAGAAAGGACAAACGACAGGGGGAUAGCAUGUCCAGCAGCGCAGUCAUCCAACCCAGCCAGGGGGACCAGACAGGGAGCUUCUUCAAGCUGAUUGACUCAUUUGCCUGGGAGAUCGGGACUCUGAAGAAAGAGAUGGUGCAGAAGGCUGCGAGAGACCCAGAGCCUGACACACUACAGGGGCUGGAUGUGGAGUUAGGGGGUCUGUUCUUCCACGCUCCUCCCAGUGUCGGCUUGGGUGCCGGGCCGGCUGGAGCUGGGGACUCGGGCUACCAAUCGAUGCGGAGCAGGAUGAGUGUGCUGGACCGGCUGGUGCAAACACACACUGUGUGGCUGCAGCUGGGGCUAAGCCAUGCCGAGGCCACGCGCAUACUGCUACCACAGCCCACCGGGACGUUCCUGGUGAGAAAGUCGACCACCCUGCAGAGGAAGGUGAUCUCUCUGCGGAUGAGCCUUGACUCUGAGACGCCAGUCAAAGACUUCCCUGUUACGGAGAGUCAGUACAUGUUCUCCCUGGAGGGAUCGGGCCUCAGCUUCGCAGACCUGUUCCGUCUUGUGGCCUUCUGUUGCAUUAGCAGGGAUGUCUUGCCGUUCACUCUAAAUCUGCCUAAAACCAUCUCUGCAGCCCAGACGCCAAACGACUUAGAGGAGGUGGCCCACCUAGGAGCAGGGUUCUGGGACUCCGAGCUCGGCAGACAAAAGAAAAGCUAUGCCUCCUGGUCGUCCGGGACGAACCCCCAGCGCCAGUCACCCAGCCUGAGGCAGAGGUCCGUUACCACCCCCCUGGUCACCCGCACCCCGUCCCAGCUGGAGUGUUCCCAGUCCAACGGGGCUCUCUGCUUCAUCAACCCCCUAUUCCUAAAGGUUCACCACCCAGAGGGGGUCAACCAGACCCAUCAGCCCUGCGCCUACAAUGACCCACACCGCCUAAACGACAGUACCACAGCUGAAGUUACAGUUGUGCAGCAACAACAGUAUUGUACCAGGGACCCGGGGCCCCUUGGCGACGGCACCUGCGGCCCUGUGCCCCACAGCCCCGGCAGCAGCCCGCAGAAUCAUGACAACGGGGGCAUUGUAGGUGUAAGCCGCUCGAACAGCGUGUCGCGCCCCCCGCCUCCUCGCCCCCCACCUCCGCGCAGUGUCCCCACUCGCCCUGCCCCCCUCGGACGCCAGCUCAGCAUGCCUCAGAAGAUAUCCUGGGUCAACACCCCCAAGGAGAGGGAGAAGGGCAGUAGCCUUCUGUCCCGCCUGGGCUCCUCGCUCAGCAUCAGCCCUUCCUCCUCUUUCCUGUCCUCCUCCCCUCCUAAGAAGCUCAGUAUCAGUGCCCCCAUCUCCAUCCCCCUGUCACUCUCCUCUCCCACGAACCGGCUCAAACCCACACAACCACCCGACAUCGACUGCCACCUGGCCCUUGAUGACCGGACUAUUGAGAAUGCCAUAUCUCUCAGCCUGGCCAAGAUGUCACUGAGAAACGCCGACAGCCCCAGUGACCACAGAGAUCCGGCCCCGUCCAAUGUUGAGGACGAGGGAGGAAGAGAUGGAGGACGAGGGGACAGUGUCCAGCGCCUUAGCGACAUGAGCCUCUCCACCGACUCCUCAGCCGACUCCCUGGACUUCUCCCAGGGCUUCUUCCCCCCCCUCCCUGAACCCAGCCCGCCGACCACCGACAACCUGGCCCUGCCCCCCCUCAACAAUGCCUACAGCAGCAUGGAGGACGAAGACGACGACGAUGAAGACGAGUUGGGCGCGAGCCCGGAGAGCGACCAGGACCUGACCGUCACCCCCCCCGGGCUGCGCGGCAAACGAGCCGGGGCCAUGGUCAUCCAGCGGGCCCUCAGGGGCCACCUGCGGAAGAUGAGCGGCGUGUUUAACUCACUCCUGACCCCGGAGAAGCGGGCCGUACGGAGAGUCAUGGAGCUGUCCAGGGACAAGGGCUCGUACUUUGGGUGCUUGGUGCAGGACUAUCUGAGCUACCUGCAGGAGGGCGGGGGCAGCCAGGUCUGUCAGUGUCACGCCUCGGGCCUGGAGCUCCUGCAGACACUGCGCCAGUUCAUCACCCAGAUGAAGAGCUACCUGUGCCAGAGCUCCGAGCUGGAUCCCCCCAUACAGUCCCUCAUCCCAGAGGACCAGAUUGACUACGUCUUAGAGAAGGCCAUGCAUAAGAUCGUCCUGAAGCCCCUGAAAGGCAUGGUGAGUGGGGCCCUCCAGGAGUUCCAGGUCCGCAGCGGGGCAUGGAAGAUACUAAAAGAGAACCUCACAUUGGCCAAGGCUCGGCAGCCACGGGAAAUGGGCGUGGCCGACACCCUCCCCCCGGAUCCGGUUGCCAUAGAGAAAAUCCGGCACAAGUUCUCAACCAUGUGUAAGCUGUACUCCCCCGAGAAGAAGGUGACCAUGCUGCUGCGCGUCUGCAAACUCAUCUACACCAUAAUGGAGGACAACUCCGGUCGGAUGUACGGGGCGGAUGACUUCCUCCCCAUGCUGACCUAUGUCCUGGCCCAGUGUGACAUGCCCCAGCUGGACAACGAGAUCCUCUACAUGAUGGAGCUCCUCGACCCCUCUCUGCUCCACGGAGAAGGUGGCUACUACCUGACCAGUGCAUAUGGUGCCAUGUCCCUUAUAAGGAACUUUCAAGAGGAGCAAGCAGCUUGUGUUCUUAGCUCUGAAACCCGUGACACACUCCACCAGUGGCACCGUCGGCGAACCACCCAGCGCACUGCGCCCUCUGUUGACGACUUCCAGAACUACCUGCGGGUGGCGCUCCAGGAAUUGGACAGUGGCUGCACAGCAAAGACCCUGCAGGUGCAGCCCUAUGCUACCACUGAGGAAGUCUGCCAGAUCUGCGCCUACAAAUUCACAGUUCCUGACCCUGAAAACUACGCUCUGUUUCUGCUUACUGAGGGCUCCAGCCAGCAGUUAGCCUCCGAUACGUACCCUCAGAAGAUUAAAGCUGAGCUCCACAGUCGACCCCAGGCCACGCCUUUUUACUUCGUCUUCCGUCGAGUGGCUAACCUCAAUGACCUGGCCGUGACCUCUCUUGACCCCCAAUCCAAUCUCAAUGUUAUACUUUCCACAGACUCUAAGCCAGACCUCACUGACAUAACUCAGACCCGUUUGGACCCCCAACCGAACCUCAACCUAGGUCUUAGUCCCAGUCUUAGCCUCAGUCUACCCCCCAACCAGCACAAAAGCAGCAACUCCAUAUCCAUCUGAGAAUGCUCACCUGUAACCCAACAAAACUGGAAUGAGCUGUAUUCAGCUGGUCUGAAGUACGCUGAAGUGGGCCUUACUGGUUUAGGCUGUGCGUGCUGAGCUUCUCCAUAACAAAAAUCCCCCUUUGUUUAUGUUGUGUCUCACAGGAUAUACUCUAAAUAGAAUGCUCCGAGUACAGGGACACGGCACAUGGAGGCAAAAUGAACUUGCAGAGAAGAUGAAUAUAGAGGCUUUGAGAUCAUAUUGUUACAGACACGACUGAGUCGCUGUGGUCGUGCUUCAUAAGUAUCUGAAUGGGUAGAUUCAGGGUGAGAUUUUAGUGUGUCAUAUCUAAUGGUGAUAAUUAGACAGAACACUAAUCUCAGAUCUGUAUGAAAAUCUCCAAGCAGUAGUGCCUUCACAGCAAUUUCUUUCUGGGUUAAUGACUGGGUUCAGCUGUUGCAUUGUAAUUAAUUUCAAAGGUUGCAGUUGCUGGCAAACUGCAUUGUGUGUUUUUAUGGAAUAUUGUUAUAUAAUGGUAUGUUUUUCUUCUAAGUAAAAUGUUAGAAGCAGGCAUUUCUGCCAGUGAUUUUUUGUUUAUGACUAUCCAGGAGAUAUAUCUAAUACUUCAUUGCUAAUCUUUGAGUUCAACAAUACAGUAGUUUUGAUGUGUGAUCAUUAGAUGUAUGAUGGAAUGACUUGGUCUAUGGCACCAGAGUCAAAGGUCUGACAAGGUCAUGAAAUAUUGUACUACUGACUAAUAUUAAACGUAGGCCUAAGUUGCCUCACGAACUUGUGAAAUUUGAAGUGCAAUGUCUCAAGCUGGUCUGAGAUUAAGCACUAACACACCAACUUUUUUUAGUUUGGAUUUCGGCUCUUGGCUGGUAAGAUAUUGAGCGCUGGGUGCGACAGGGCAUGAAAGAAAGAUUUGUACGAAGAAAAGAGUUGCUAGAUGGAAAGAGAAGGGAACGGAAUGAGGGAAAGAGAACUGACGUAUUGACAGAAUCUAAAGUUACUUUAGACAAAUGAUAUGUUAUUAAUGUUUCACUAUCAGUACUCUUGUUUACAUGAAAACAUUCCUGAUGCUGUAGAGAGGUAACAGAAAAGUUUAAGUAGCCAGAGUGGUGUUGUUAAACUGUAGCAUUAUUUUUAGAAACAUUAUGUAGCCUAUAAUGUUAGUUCAAAUAUAUGGAAAUAUGUUAAACUAUUUGGGGACUGUAGAGGUGUUAUCCUGUUUGUUUUUAUUGACUGUAAUACAAUUACUACUCUAACAAGAUAUUCAAUCUUAUUUUGAACACAUUUGAGUAUUUAUGUAUCUGUGCUGGGAUUUUUCACAGAUGGCUAUUUUUCAUGUCAUAUUGCUGUCUUCACAGAUCAACAAGACAUCUCUAUGUGUUCCUAUGUUAAGGACUGUAUGUAGGUAUCAUUGAAUUAUAUUAUUUUGCACUCAAUAAAUGUUGGUCAUGGA